UUUACGUUUGUGUUUACAGCAUGGUGUCGGGUAGUGGAUGUACUGGCAAGCAGUGAAAGAAAAAUGAUACUGUUUGACAGCAGGGAUUAACUAUUCGGUGUUUUACAGAAAAAACAAAUUUAAACUCUCAAGUCACUCCACUCUUCGAAGAUGUCUGAUGCUUGCUCUGAACCUGCCGGGGCCAUCAGAGCUAUUGAUAAGCACUCAGUGCAUCAGAUUUGCUCAGGACAGGUGGUGCUGACUUUGGCCACUGCUGUCAAAGAGUUGGUGGAGAAUAGCAUUGAUGCAGGAGCCACCAACAUUGAUGUCAAGCUGAAGGAGAGUGGAGCUGAACAAGUGGAGGUGGCAGACAAUGGCAAAGGUGUUGAGGAGGCCAACUUUGAAGGACUGACACUGAAGCAUCACACAUCAAAGCUGAGGGAUUUCUCUGACCUCAUCCACGUGGAAACAUUUGGCUUCAGAGGUGAAGCCCUGAGCUCUUUAUGUGCUCUGAGUGACUUAAGUGUCAUUACCUGCCACGAGUCCAGCCAGGUGGGCACAAAGUUGGUUUUUGACCACAAAGGCCACCUAGUGCAGAAGACCCCUCAUCCUCGGCAACAGGGCACCACAGUCAGCCUGCAGCAGCUCUUUUCCACCCUGCCUGUUCGACACAAGGAGUUUCAACGCAAUAUUAAGAAGGAGUAUGCCAAAAUGAUACAUGUGCUGCAGUCCUACUGUAUCAUUUCUACAGGAGUGCGCAUUACCUGCUCCAACCAAAAUGGGCAGGGGAAGCGCAGCACAGUCCUCAGCACUAGUGGCAGCCAAAGUAUGAGAGACAACAUUGGAGCCAUAUUUGGACCAAAGCAGCUGCAGAGUCUUCUACCUUUCCAGCAAGUUUCUCCCACUGAAAAUGUUAUUGAAGAAUAUGGACUCAAGGAUGCAGAUCUACCCAAACAGCUUUUCUCGAUCACAGGUUUUGUGUCUCAAGGUGACCACGGUGUUGGGAGAAGCACCACAGACAGGCAGUUCUAUUUCAUUAACAAUCGGCCUUGUGACCCCCUGAAGGUGACCAAACUCGUAAACGAAGUGUAUCACAUAUACAACAGACAUCAGUAUCCAUUUGUUGCCUUGAACAUAGCUGUCGCUUCAGAGUGUGUGGAUGUGAAUGUAACCCCGGACAAGCGACAGAUUUUCCUUCAGGAGGAGAAACUCCUGUUGGCUAUUCUGAAGACCUCUCUCAUCGCCAUGUAUGAGGGUGGAGUCAAUAAGAUCAGCCUGAACUAUACACCUGCACCCAGCACCAAUGCAACAUCAACAUCUGAACCUUGCCGAGCUGUCUUGUCUAACAAGAACAAGGCAGAGCGUGAGGAGGACACAGAACCUGUUAUUCUGAGCCCAAAGUCAUCCCUGAAUCUGGCCGGCCUAAAAGCCGCUUUUUCAAGUCAUUACAGUUCCAGUUCUGGGAAGUCGAGUAAGGAAAAAGCUUCCGGUAGUGGCACAACACAGAAAACACUGCAGUCUUUUUUUAAGGAUCCUGUAAAAACUUCUUCCUGCAACUCAAGUUUAAAAUCUCCAUUAAAAUACACAAGACAGCUGGAUAAAUGCUCGUCGGCAGGGAAGUCGGUGCUAGAUGGGUUUAGGUACCAAGCGAUGUCCUGCGAGGACACUGAUUCUCAAAAAGACAGUGCUGGGUCCAGUUGUAACAUAGCUGAAGCAAAACCUGAUAUUCAGUGUUCUGACCUGGAGUCCAGUCCUCCAAAAGUGGACAGCACGAGUGUUAAUAAUGAAACUUUUAAAGAGACAUCAGGCAACAGUCACGCUGUUCCCGAAGAUCCAGAGUUAGAGACUGAAGCAUGCACUCCUUAUGAGGACUCUGCUGUCAGCCCAGAGGCCAAGAGAGCCAGGAAAGACGAUGCACAUUUCCCUUCAGAAGAAGAAUCCAGCACUUUUUCAAAUGCUGGUGAGAAACAAUCCUCGACAGUGGAUGCUCCAGUCUCCCUGCAGAGGAGGACAGUGCAUCUUCAGUUCUCUUUAGCAGAGCUUGGAAAGAAGAUGAGGAGGUUACAGGACCAGCAGAAACAAAGGGCCGGGGAAGAGCUGCUGUACAGACGCUUCAGAGCCAAGAUCAACCCAGGAGAAAACCAGAGUGCAGAAGAAGAGCUCAAGAAGGAGAUCAGUAAGGAAAUGUUUAAAGAAAUGGAGAUCAUCGGUCAGUUUAACCUGGGCUUCAUCAUCACAAAACUCAAGUCGGACCUUUUCAUGAUUGACCAGCAUGCCACGGAUGAGAAGUACAACUUUGAGAUGCUACAGCAGCACACCAUACUCCAAGGGCAGAAGCUCAUUGUCCCACAAAAACUUCACCUCACUGCAGUCAGUGAGAACGUACUCAUAGAGAACAUCGAGAUUUUCAGGAACAACGGCUUUGAAUUCCUGAUUGAUGAGGACGCUCAGGUGAUGGAGAGAGUGAAGUUGGUCUCACUGCCGACCAGUAAAAACUGGACAUUCGGUCCAUCAGACAUUGAAGAACUGAUCUUCAUGCUGAGCGACAGUCCAGGGGUUAUGUGUCGACCAUCCAGAGUCAGGCAGAUGUUCGCCUCCAGAGCUUGUCGUAAAUCUGUGAUGAUCGGCACUGCUCUGAAUGUUAAUGAGAUGAAGAAGCUUGUGGUUCACAUGGGAGAGAUCGAGCAUCCGUGGAACUGUCCUCACGGCAGGCCAACCAUGAGACACCUCGCCAACCUGGACGUCAUCUCACAAGACUGAGUCUGCAAAGGAAGGAACUGUUGGAGUAACUGAUUUAAGAUAACUGGAAUGUGUCCUCACUCCAGACUGUCAAACCACUCUUACGGUAUAUUGUAGAGUUAAAUGGCUUGUUAUUGACUGAAUGUCAUGUUUAGUUGUGUUUAGAUUUUAAAAAUGUAUAUUACAUAUUAUAUUUUUUUAUUUUAACAUACACUACACGAAACAAUAAAAAAAGAUAC